AAUUGACUGAAAUCCCACUGCAGAAAAGUCUUCUCUAAUUUGGCUACUUCCCUGCCCACGGGUGAGUUGUUUGCGUUUUGAGGGGAGUUUUCAGGGUGCAGGCACCCUCGGGAGGCCGGCUGAGAGCUCAGCCCUGGCCUGAGCCCCCGCGCCCCGGCAGCGAGGUGCCCAAAGCAGCACUGCCCCGCGGCCCCGCCUGGUCCAGUGGGGACCCUGCUCCUCCCGCAGCUCUUCGGGUCGAUGUUGCCAUCUAGAGCCCAUGCUACAAUGAUCGUCUGCUCGCAGGGUGCCGGGAAGGAGUUGGUUUGGUUUGUUUUUAAUUCAGGGCAGCAAGUAAAAGCAGCGUGGUUGGGGUAGGGACAGAGCAGAAGGAGCAGAUUCGUUGCUCCUCUGACUGAGACAGUUUAGACUGAGAACACCACCGCUCAGUGCUUUGCCAGCUCUCCCCAGUUCAGGGCUUGGGCAGCUGACCGGUGGCCAGAGCUCAGCGCCGUUCUUGCAGCCCCAGCAGCCGUUCAACCCCUUCUCCCUUCUGCGAUUUACCUUAAUUGCUCCCCUCCCUCCAUCAUCAAACCAAAACGGCGCACGCAGUUGCUGCCAGGAGGGAAGGGGCCCCGCUGGCACGAGUGACGCCCGCGGCAGCGCCCGCAGCAGCUCUGCCAACAGCUUCAGGUGAGGCCACGCCAGACCCAGCUCCGCGGCCGGAGGGCGCGAGGCUCCCGCUCCCAGAUCUCGCCUGCGAGAGCCGAACUUGGAAGGCGGCAGCGGUGACCCCACCCAGCCAGGAGCCGGCAGGAGGGCCACGGAGGCCCGCACCAGACAUCUGAAACAUUUUAAGUACGCUGUGAACCAGCUGGAUGGAGACGCACUUCUCCCCCUCCCGGCUCAGCUGCAGCUCAGGCUCCUCCUUCCGUGGCUGCAACCCGAAAGCUCCCGCUCGCACCUGGGCGCGGGGAGGCUCAGAGUUCCGGGGGGGCCGAGGGGGAUCCCCAGGGCACUGCUUUCCCCAGACAGGAGCAGAGACACUGCUGCCAGGACACUUGCUGGUGUGCAAGUUGCACACCCACGAGGCCAGCACCACCCCCAGGGAGGCCGUGGCACCCCCCCCGGUGCCACAUCACCUGUCCCGUGGGAAUGAAGGUGCGGGUUGAGGGUGAAGCAGGGCAAGGAAGGGCUGCUCCUGCAGGCAGCCAGGCCGUGGCAGAAGGCAGGUUAUAGAAAGUCACCCCCAGAGCCAUUUCGGAAGCUCCUGGCAUUCAUUCCUGCAGCUAAAUGUGAUCGGGGCCCUGCUGCUGGGCUUUGGGCCUGUCCGUAAGCAGCACAGAAAAUCUCGGCUUCAUUCCUGGUGCUCGGCACCCGCAUCCCAACCCCAGGGACCUUUUUCCCGUGCAGGUAUCUGUCCGCCCUCCCCUAUCCAGGACUGGCUUUUCCCACCUGGCUCAGCACUCUGCACCUCGCUCAUCGCAGCGUCAAGGGCAAAGCUAGAGCAGGACAGGGAUCAGCACACGCGAGGUGUCUAUGUACACAUUUACUCCAUCACCUUUUUAAAACCUGCCUGGCAAUAGCUGCUACUUGAAGUCUGAGAGCAAAACGUGGGGGUUUGCUCAUGAGGGAGCCACAGGCUGCAGGGAUGAGGAGGAGGAAGAUGCAUCCCCAGGGACCAGGCUCCAGCAGGCAGGCACGGGGGAUGGGUUGGCCCCAGUCACCUCCUGUCCCUGGGCCAGGCGCAGCGUGGCUGCUGCUGCUGAUUGGGAUGAACCCUCCACGUAGACACAGCUCCAUAAAUGUCAAUGAUAGGAUGAAAAAGGAGCAAUUGCCCUUUGCAGAGCUGGCGGUACCUGGUGAUGAUAGGCAGCAGCAUAAACCACGGCUAGAGUCCUCUCUCCAGUAGGUAAUACGAUUUAGGAUCUGAUUCUGGACGCUCUGCUCAGCUGCAAUCUUUUACAGCAAAGAAACAGCCCACGCGCGUGUGACACAGGUAACCAGCCCUCGUGCCUGUCCUCUGCCGCGUUCAGAAGCGUGCUCAGCCCUCCCUCUGCAUCGCUCUGAUGGAGGCCAGCUCUCCGCUCCCUCAAAAACCAACUCUGCAGCCUUGUCCCCACCACCCAGCUGGGCGCUGCAGCCCGCACCACUGCCCAGCACAGCGCACCCACUGCACGAUCCCUUCCCUGGGAACUUGGGCCUGGGGCUCCCAGCAGGAGCAGCCUUCCCACGUGCUGGUGCUUGGAUCCUGCUGGACUCACCCGAACCCAAACCCGAACCCAACACACACCCCCACCUGAGGCUCCCAGGAAACAGUGCUCCCAACAGGAGCCUUUUGGUAGCCCUCGACUUCCUUCAGCAGCCCUUUCACAACCCCACUCCCAGCGGGACUCUGCACACACGUGCUGCCGCUUGAGCCCCUCUCUUCUUCCCGUCCACCCGCAUUCUCCUCCUCCACAACCUGCCUGUGCUGACAGCUACUUCUUUCUGCUCCUGUGCCUUCCUCUUCCCUGUCUCCCCCCCUCAGUCAGUCUCUCAGGAAAUUAAAGAUAAUCCCCCCUUUUCUUGCUGCCGGAUUCCCUGUUUAACAUUCGCUGCGUGUGCUGCGCUGAUUCAAAACGGGAUUAGACUUUCUGCUGCUUUGAUGUCAGCUGGGUUUGUGCACUUAAGGCAGGGGGGAAAGAAAGUGUGCCUUAACAAACCCGGGUGCUGUCAGAGCCCGGGGCCCUUCCAGGACCAACCCCGCCACCCCAGUGCCAGCUGUGUGCAGUCCCGGCGCUGGGCGUUAUUGUGUGGAUACGGCAGGUUUCUGCCCCGACUGUUAUCAUACAUCCCUGGGGAGGCUGAACGGCUCCCAUCAGGAGCAAGGUGUAAUUAAACAUACGAGAACACAGCUCGUUGACUGUCUGGCCUGCCAGGCCACCGGCAUCGCGGUGGUACAGAUCAGUGCAUGCCCCGAACCGCUCUGAGAUGAGCAGGUGCGCUGGGAUGGCUAAGGCGUAAAUUCGCUUCCCGUUCCUGUAGCGUGACGCUUGGGCCGUGGCACAGUCCAAGAAUCGGGCAUUUCCCUCUGCCUCGCCAGGCCUGAGUGUCUCCCUUUGGAGGAUGCAGACUCGGGGUUAUUUUUACCGGCCAGUGCCUCCUGCUAAUCCCAGAACCGAGCACUGCCCUUAAGUGGGUGAAGAGCUUGUUAUGGGCCUGGCAUUUUUCUCACAUCGUCUACAACAGUCUUGCUCAGCUUCUGAGACACCGCUCCUCAAACCCAAUGAUAUCCAACAAGCCCACAGCACGGCUCAGAACUGGAGCACAAUCUUUGUCCCACGCAGAUCCUACACCAGAAUAAAAGCUUUUUGCACAGGAUGCUGCAGAGCCGUGACCAGAGCUGGCAUCUGCGGGUGUCCCCUACUCCUGCUCGUGCAGGACAGCCCUUUCCUGGAGUCUCCAGAGGCUCACAGGUGGUUUCUGCUGCAUGUAUCAGACCUGGUGCUCCAGCUCCAUUCCCACCGGUUCUGCUCUGUGUGACAGCAGCGUGGAGACUGCGGACCUGGAGGUGUUUGGUUGUACCUGGAACCACCGAGGAGCCUCCACAGGUUGUUUGGAAGUGCAGCUCUGCAAAUGAACAUGGCUCAGCAACAGCUGGGACCCACUUCCCAGCCCUGUCCCGAGGGAGGGAGCACAGCAAGCACUUGUGGAGCAAAGCUGGGGGUACACCUAAGUUCUCCCCAGGACCCAGCAGCUGUAAUCCCUCCGUUACCCUCACCACGCCACUGUGCUGCAGCUCCAGCUGGAGGGUGCCCAAAGGCAGCGCUUCGGGCAUCCUCCAGGAUUGCCCAGGGACUCGGGAGCGCCUCUGCCAACAGCACAGUGUCUAAUCCAUUUUGCCCGGUGCACGCUCACAGACUUGAUUAAUGUCUGAAAUGAGCUCCAUCCAUCAUCGGGGAGUAAAGGAGAUUAACUCCACAGCACGCCUGCCUCACGUUGAUCCCAUUCUCCAGGCCUCUUGAUUAAUGGCGAGGCCGCCUUAUCUGUCAGGCCAGGAAACACGAAUAUCCGGGCUGACGGGGGAUGAAGGGAGGCACGGGUGCUUGGGCUGCAGCACACUGCCAUCAGAGCCGUGCUGGCGAGCCCCUGAUCCCCGUGCUGCCGGCUCUGCGGAGCCGUGCUCCGGCCGCUCCGCACCCUCUGCUCCUUCCUGCCAGCCCCGCUCUGCCCUGAGGGCAGGGAGGGCUGGAGGGAGAGCAGCCCCAGGUGGCUGAUGCAUCCCUGCAGGAAUGUGGUGCAGAAAGCCAACGUCAGGUUCCAUUUCCCUCUUGGGUCAGCGGGGCAGGCGUCGCUCUGUAUCCACGGAGGGGUUCAGAAGAGACAAUUUGGAGGCUUGAUGCAACCUGGGCAAACCUUCCCUGGAGGCUGCAGGUGAGGUUGCAGCUGACCGGCGCUGCAGAGGCCACUGGCUCGGCCCCGAGAGGAGCGUUGUGAAGUGGAUGCGGCAGAUUAGCCGGGCCAUCUGGACGGGCUCCAGCUCCUGCCCCUGGCUCGCUGCUGACGCUUCAUUAACAGCUCCCUCCUUUCAGCUCCUGUCUCCUUGGCUUCUGCUGCGAUCAGCUGGGCUGAGUUUUGUUGUCGUGUUUUUUUUUCCAAGUGGAAAUUAUUUCUCAUUUCUUUUAACAAUCAGGACACAGAGAAAGACAGGAGAGGAAGGAAUUUCUAGGAGAUGAAAGGGCUGGAUUAAGGACACUGCUUUCGCUUUGUUAUCCCUCCAGUGCAGCUAAGAAAUUCCUUUCAGGAGGAGGCUUUAAUUAACUACGUGUUUCUGACAGGAAAGGAACCUGCAUCAGGAGAUAGCUCUGGUUUCCUGGGUCUGCUAACAACUCCGGCUGCAAUGUCAGCAACACAGACUCACAGACACUCUCUUAGACAAAACUUCUCACAAAACAUUUCAAAUUGCUUUACAAAGGCACUGUCACCCCAGUCUGGGGAAAAAAGGCACAGCAGAAAAAAAACAGGCGCAAGCGAGGCGCGUGCUGCCGGCAGGCACCAUGUGCGCUGAACCACAGAGCCACGGUGGCUCAAGAUGCGGGGCCGGGCCUUUGUGCAGAGGAAUAACCCAGGGCAGGAGGCAGCAGAAAUAUCUCCAGUGCCUUCCAGACCAACCGCCCUUCUCACACACCAGGAGAAUCAGGGGAAGAGGAAAGAAAGAGGCCUGGUGGCAAACCGGGACAUUUAAAAAGCAUUACGCUACUGUAUCUGCAUCCUCUACUGCCGCAAAACCCUUCAGGAACUGAGUCAAUCAAAAAUAACAUUUGGGGCUGAUUUUUAUCCAGAUGAACUCUCUCCAAGUAUUUUAAGGCCACCAGCAAAACGGCCUACUUAGGGCUUGUUUAACCCUUCUGCUGAAACCUGCAUCAAGUCUGAAAGAAGCACCAGAAAACAGCAACCAUCCUGGUCAUGUCCUGGGAGCCUGAGCUGCAGGACUGGACGUGGUGCUGAGCCGCACCCAGCAGGGCACAGACCGCCCUGCGCCCCGACCCGCUUCUUCCUUUCUGCAGCCCAGCCUCCUGCAGAGAGCCGGACACAACAGACCAAAAAUCCACGCGGAUUUCCAGAGGAAGUCUCCCUCCGUCUCACACAAUGGCAGUAAUUCCUGCAAGGGAAACGUCUCCCCUGGUCCCCCUGAGAAUCGCAUUUGCCUUUUUUAAUGCCGUGUUAAACAGGUAGCUCGUACCGUACGGAACCCUUGCCUUGCUCCUCUCCUGUCUUUCCACCUAAUGAACUCCCAGCUGAUAAACAAACGCUUAUUGCUGCUGCUGAAUGCAUGCCUCUGCUCUUAGCCCUGGGGCUGUGAAAUGCUAAGUGGUUUACCAAUUACUGUUUUCAUAAAUGAUCAUCAUUUUACUUUUUCAUUAUCAUUUUAAAAGGUUCCCACCUCUUCCGAUGCCCUGAGCCACCGCCUGCAGCGGGUCAGAUGUCUCGGCUCCCAGUGGCAGCACACAGCAGAUCUGGCUGGUUUGCCUGGGGCAAGAGGGGAAAGAAACAUCUGGCUGCUGCAGAGAACCGCCUGCCUACGGAGCCCAGCCUGCCCUGGGGCUCGCAGGUCCCCGUCAGGAGGGGUUCCCAUCCGAUGCUAUCAACGCUAACGGCUCCCCUCUCAACACAAGACCUCGCUCCCACUUGCGAUUUGUUUUGUAUUUUACAAGUUCUGGGCCUCUCCUCUCCUCCAACUUGAGAAUUUCCUGGGAGACGCUAUCAAACGCUUUACUGGACUCAUGUAAAUUCAGCGUACCACGGCUCAGAACAUCAGCUGUUAUUGCUCUCCUGCCCCUGCUCGGAGUCAGGCAGCAGGAUUGCAGUAUCUGGUUAUAAAACACCACCUCGUGUUUUGAUAGCUCUGUCAUAAAUCCUUGUGCCUGGAUUUGCAAUUUCAUGUGACAGCUCUUCCCAGGCGGCGAGUGGAGUUUAUCUCGUCUCCCUGACUUGAACCUCUCAGGCUUUUCAGUUUUGCUUCAUCUCAGAUCUGUAACAUCAGAUCAGCAGUUCAACACUGUCAUCAUCCUCACUGAAAGGGUAAGCAGAGCCAUCGCUGUGGGUUGGGCAGGCAUCUAUUCUUGUUUAUUCCUCCCACCGCCCCCAGCAAAACAGCCUCUUGCUCUCCUCCCGAGCCCCGUGCGCAGUUAUCCACGAGCUACAGAUCCGAGCUGAAACUUUUGUUCCCGUUCAGACUCGGGAGGAAUUCAAGUUCCAGCUGUCUCUUCCUUGUGCUAAUGCUUGCUCUCAUAAAAGGGAAGCAAGGCAACUAACACCGUACCCUGCGGCUGGAUUUGUCUCCCUCGGGGCUCCUGGCUGUUUCUGGCUGACACGGAGAGCUGCCUACAGCUUCUUAUCUUCGCCAGCGGGAUCUGCCUGUUUCGCUGAGUGUGCAUCCACAUCCCUGACCUCUGCACACUGGCCAUGACCAGCCUGCAAGCCUCUCUGCUUCCCCGUCACGGGGCAAGCCCUGCUUGGCCCCUCCUUGUUAUUUUUGGCUGUGCUUUUCUCUCUGGGAUCCUCUCAGCUUUAGCAAUGAAAACCAAACCACAGAAAGCUGCUGCCUUGGCCUUUGGCUCGCUGUGAGCAGCCAGACAGGGCAGAGGCUGAAGGCUGAAACCUCAAAUUAGCAGCGUGGUGUUGGAAUUAGGCAGGACUGACCAGGCAGCCCAGAUCUUUCAUUUCAGCAGGAGGAAGCCUGCAGGGAGAGAGGUGGUGGUCAUCUAGCUUCAGAUAAAUGUCCACUUUGUUCUAAUUAACAGGAAAUCCAAUGGGGAUAACAAGCAUUUAUGUAAUUGUUAAGUGUUCCUGUAAAGGCAUGUGUGGUUUUAGUGAGCACCUGAGAAAGGGAAUUUACUCUGCUGCCUUCAUUAGAAAUUCACACAUGUAAGAGAAAACAGCCUGAGAGUUGGGAAAUGGAGGGGUUGCUCGGAGCUCAGCCUCAGGCCGUGGCUCCAGGUUCAUUAAUACCAGCUUGGGGCAGCACCCGAGCUCAGGGUAGCACUGCUCCGAUUCACGUCAGGCAUCAGAAUACAACAGCAAAUUCUUUCCAGCCAGACAGAUGGCACGUGCAGUGUACAUCCAGACCGAUGACAGCAAGACCUGAGUCACCACCAAGUUGCCUUGAUGAAGCUGCUCCUAAUUUAUUUAUUUUUUAAAUCAAGCGAUUAGACUCAGCACAUAUCCGUCUGUUGUGCUACAAACGGUCGUGCUGGGAUAAUCAUUGCAGGGAGGUGUAGGAGAUGCUGCCUGAGCCAGCGCUGCUGUAGAGAGAAUUACUGACAAUUUUUGGCCUCAACCUCAGCGUGGGGUUUAGGGAAAUUUUUUAACUUUGCCACGUGCCAUUUUCUUUCCCUGUAGAUGAGAAGUGGUAGCAAAGACAGUUUCUAGGAAGAAGGGAGGCAAAACAGAUCAGUAGCUGGAAAAUACCAAUUUUGCCUGAAAAAGAGGAAGUGAGACUGAUAUGCAGCUACUGCCGAGAGACACGAGCAGUCAGGUACUCAGCCAGGCUGGAGGGUCGACGCAUCACAUCUAACAUCCCAAAUGAAAUCACGCCUACCCCUCAGGCCACUGCAAGGGCUAAACUUCACUUAUUACGCCAUUUGAUCAAUAUAAACAAGGACAAAGAGCUGAGCAGCAAGCAGAGCUCCAUCCUCUUAGUCUGGAGUUGUGAAUACAGAGACCAGGGAGCUACAGGGAAGGGUUUACAACUCGGCUCCUCUCUCCAGGGUGCAAAUCGGAGUAGUAGCUAGGUGCUAAAUAAAUAUUAAUUUCUCACCUAAUGAGAAAGUAUUUGGUGAAACAGCUAGGGAAAGGCUUCAGCAGCGCAGUAACAGAGGCUGGUGCUGCGCUCAACCCCCAGGGAUGCUGCGGUUCUACUCGUACUGGGUAAGACAGGACCUCCAGCUGGGACAGACGCAGGAAAUGGAGCUCAUUACUGAAAUGCAAGAGCCUUUCAGGGUUAAGCCACUGUUAAACAAGCCAGAUUCAUUCCCCAAUCACAGAAUUUGCCUAGCAGCAGCCUUGGAAGAUUACUAUCUUUCUUCAUAACAGUGAUGUUGCAGACAGGAUGGUUGAAGGAUAGUUGUGAUGCAGAGGUUGCAGGAAGAAGUAAUUGUUUGUUUUAUAACCAAGGGCUGAACUCCAUUUCCACGCCUAGGCUGUUGAAAUGGCAGUUCCCUGAUUUUAUGUUAAUUACUAUAUCUUUCUUCUAAUUUAAUACAUGUUUUCAAGGGGUUAACGUCUCAAUCUUCCUUGUAAUUACAUGGAAUGGUUAGUACAACUCCUCGGCUACAUCCCCGGGUCCUCUGAGUGCUUGUCCCUGCUUGUUUCCAGCAAUGAGCAGUCACAGAACUCGUCCUUCCAAGAGCUGCUGUCUCCAAACGCUCAGCCUGAUAAUGAGCUGAUUGCCGUGGCAGUGAGCACUACACACAGCCAGGCUGCACGUCGCUGAUUGCUGCAGCUCCUGUUCCACUCCUUCCACCUAACCCUUCAGCUCGGGGGGGCUGGAAGACCACCCCUUCUUUGGGAUGAGAAUUUUCCCAGGCUGUUGACAUAAAAUGGGAGGCCCAAACCUCGUCGAAGCCUGACGAUGAAGGCUCGGUAAUAAAACAGGCACAUGCAGGUGAUGCGAACGCAGGGUGCUGAGCGCGGUGCUGUCACCGCAGCUGACACGCGUGCAGCAGGGAUGGAGUGGCUGGGGUUUGCCGUGCCCCUACAGCUGACAAGGAGGAAUUACAGCUCCCCUCACACGCGAGGCAGUUUCACAGAUGAACAAUACUUGAGAAUGCAAGUUAAAAAUACUGUUAUGCUUUCGGAACUGCUAAAUUUAAACAGCAGGUUCCUGCUUUGAAAGCUGAAAGAAAGACAGUUCCUCUCCAGAGAAAGGGAGUAGGAGCCUGUCUGUGCAGGGAAAACGUUUGGAAUAGCAGCAGCCCACCCAUUUCCCAUGCAAUCUCUGCACUUCAGGACUGGAUUAGGCAUAAUCACACAAAGGCACUCGCUGCAGAUGACUACACCCUGUUCCCAACAGCUCUCCUGCCUUAACUCCAUCAUCCCGGUGCACAAACCGAGGCUUGUUUGGCAGCAGUAACCCCGUACAGAUGAGCACUAAGAUUUACCCAAGAUGUAAAAGGAAAAGGGUACUAAGAAAAUAUUAAGUGACUGAGAAACGCCGCCUUUCCCACAGGCUGUGCGGGUUCAAAACUGCCUUAUACACCAUGGCUAUCUAGUGGAGAGAAACCUGCCGGGCAAAUCACUUACAAAGGCAACUCCAGAGACUGAGUAAAACCCCCUCAUAUAAUAUAAAAGAUGAACUGGCCCCAUCCUGUCUCCAGUUCUUAAGAGCCCAGGCAAGGCAUGCUGCAGGUCUCUGUCUACCAGGCGGUCCACUAGAGGACAACCUAAUAAUGAUGAACGGCUUUUGCUGACGUGGUGAAAAGCCCAGCACUGUCUGUCAGAUUUGCUGCUGUCAAACCUGACUCACAGCCCAUGCUGGGCUUGUUGCUAGCACGUACACAGGGCCUCCUUUUUAAUGGCACGUGUCGCUUCUACUCCUGACUGACACAGAUUUGCAAAGCCUCCCCCCCCCCAAAUAAAAUUAAAAAAUGGUCCCUAUGGCUGGUGUCAGCCUUUGUUACUACAGGGAGAGGGAAGCAAAGGAGAUGUCCAGGCAGAGAUCUAAGUUUUUAUGAAGUAAACUUAAUCCCUUACACUGCACUAAACCUCAGAGAAAGCUGCCUGUUGCUGCUGGUUUUCUUGGAGACUUCUGACACGAUACCACACUUCUUCAGCGCAGGAAACGUUUGGAGGUAUGGAACGAUCUGAUGGCAAAGGGUGAUUUAUCAAACCACAACGGAGGAACGCAGCUCAUGGACAAACAGUGGGCAGGAAGCAUAACAAAAUCAUCAGCUCUGACACUGCGCCCAGAGCAGGGCACUCUCUCAAAACCCAAGGUGGGGGUCCUUGCCUGGUAUUUUUAAGGCCAAAAGAAGGGGAACACAAACAAAACCUGAGCUAGAGAUCAAGCUGAGUUCUGGAGCUACAAAGCAAAUGAGCUGUAAUUGCAGAAAACAGCAGAGGAUUAAUUACAAGUGAAGAAUCUCAGGUGGGAAUUAGAGUCAGAGGGGUGAGAAGGUUAAAACAACAGUUUUUGGAGGGCGAUCUGGUGCCCCAACACCCCCCAGCCCCACUUGCGGGGACUUGCCUAUGACUCAGGGACGAAAAGGGCACGUGCGUCUGCGAGAGGAAAAUCCACAGCGAAAGGCAAGAGAGCAGAGCUACUUAAAAGGCAAAAGCUGGUCCUCCUCUCCUACUGACGCCAGCGAGAGAAGGCUGGCUGUAUGUAACGGGAGGGUGCAAGCCCCAGCCGGCCGUCGGGGGGGCUGCAGGAAAGCGAUGCGAAGGGGCGCUCGCCGCAGCCGUAGGGAGGCAGCGGCCAGAGCUCGGCUGGGAGCCGGCGACCCUCGGCUGCCCCUCGGCGACCCUCGGGCAUCCCCUCCCAGCCGCCGCCGGCGGCGGGCUGCUGCUCUCGGGCGCCGUGGCCGCCGGCUCGGCUGCUCCUUGAUGUCAGUACCCGCUUCGGGCUCGGCGGGGCGGGAGCGGGCGAGCGGAGCGCAGCGCAGCCGAGCCUCAGCCUCAGCCCCCCGCAGGACGGACCCCAGCGCCUCCGCCGAGCCCCCGAGGCCACCGCUCGCCCACCUCGCUCCGCGCCAUGGCCCCCGGUAACUCUUCGCGUAACUUCUCCGCGCCGGAGGCUCGGAACGGCUCAGCAGCAGAGAAGCCAGCACCAUACACCAACGUGAUCAUGCCCAGCCUCUUCAGCAUCAUCUGCUUCCUGGGCAUCGUGGGGAACCUCAUCGUCAUUUACACUAUUGUCAAGAAGAAGAAGCUGAAGUGCAAACAGACCGUGCCUGACAUUUUCAUCUUCAACCUCUCCAUUGUGGAUCUCCUCUUCCUCUUGGGCAUGCCCUUCCUCAUCCACCAGCUCCUAGGCAAUGGCUCGUGGUACUUUGGAGCUCCCCUGUGCACCAUCAUCACUGCCCUGGACACCAACAGUCAGAUCACCAGCACCAACAUCCUCACAGUGAUGACCCUGGACCGUUAUCUGGCCACGGUCUAUCCUCUAAAAUCCACCUAUGUCCGGACCCCCUGUGUUGCAGCUCUCGUUAUCUGCUUGGUGUGGCUCCUCUCCUUCCUGACGAUCAUUCCGGUGUGGAUGUACGCAGGCCUUAUGCCUCUGGAGGACGGGACUGUCCGCUGCGCUCUCCUGCUUCCCAACCCAGAGACUGAUAUUUACUGGUUCACCCUCUACCAGUUCAUGCUGGCAUUUGCUGUGCCGUUGAUUGUAAUCUGCGUGGUCUACUUCAAGAUCCUGCAGCAUAUGGCCACCACCGUGGUCCCAUUGCCCCAGAGGAGCCUCCGGGUACGUACCAAGAAAGUCACCCGCAUGGCAGUUGCCAUCUGCUCUGCCUUUUUCAUUUGCUGGGCCCCCUUCUACAUCCUCCAGCUGGUUCACCUCGGCAUUGACACCCCAUCCAUGGCCUUCUUUUACGCCUACAACUUUGCCAUAAGCUUGGGCUACGCCAACAGCUGCCUCAACCCCUUCCUCUACAUUACCCUCAGCGAGACCUUCAAGCGCCAGUUCUUAGUGGCCAUCCGCCCUGCAAAAGAGCCAUGUCGCAACAGCAGCUCCGUCAACAACAACAGCAUGACAGACGCCAGCGUAUGCCUAAAACUGGCACCAGAAUCCACUCAGCAGACUCAGUUUCUGGAGGACUUUUCCCCACGUUCACUGCCCGUGACUGUGGCUGUUCACUAG